AUUCACACACGAAAGAUCAUUAAACACACCAAGCCUGCCCACCACGAACUAGAGCUUUGCAUGGCUAUCACUGCAACCUUUGAGGUCCACGUAGCACAAGACUGUGGCCACGUUUGGAGUACAGCCACGUUCGCCUUCGCACCAGACACGUCGGAGUUGCACGUGUCGAUAGAUGGCGUCGCGAACUGCGACCACAGGUUCCCGCUGGCCGAAGGCUGCAGUCUCGACGCGUUGAGUAACCGCACGUAUCUUCUGCGACAUCGUUCGUUUCCUCACCAGGUGCUCUUUCGAAGUCCUCGCCAGGCAGCCACAGCACUCGACGAGUUUAUGAUGGCGCUGCGAGCCGUGCUGACGACGCCCUACUGGUCGCUCGCACGUCGCCAAGUGGAAGUAUUGGUGCAAACUACAGCUGAAGCGGGGGGAGGUGGGGAUGUCGACGACGACGAUUUGUGGGAGGUCCGGCAAUUGGUCCUCUGGGGCAAGUCGCUGAGUGUGUUUCGAAAUCACGAAUGCCUCCACGUGUACAACACGAACCAGGGCACCGUCGAGCCCAUCCACCACCUGUCGUUCCGGUGGGUUGGAUCGCCGACGUUUGUCUUUCGAAGCCCCGACGCCAUCCACCGAUGUCGGUUUCUCGAAGCGCUCGUCCGUGCCAUGUCCCCAUCCACCGAAGCGGAAGGCGGUGUCGACAACUCCGAAUCCGUUUCAACGCGCCAAGGAGCAGCAGCACAAGUGGACGCGUUGCUCAAACGACCUCACGACAACACGUCGACCAGUCAUUCCACCAGCAAGGCCAUCCCGACGAUGGGGGUGUCACCACCAUUUCCUGCAGUUGCAGCGUCAUAAUGCAAUUUCACUCGUGUCCUUUGAAUAUGACCGAUAGAGGUCCACACCAUUGUACCUUUAUACCCUUAGC